GUAACACUUUUCCGGCAAACACACAAAUCAAACCUAAAAAGCCCGAAAGAAAGAUUUGAGAAAAAUCUUUUUAAUGAAAAAGGAGCAGACAGGACUAAAAUUCGCUUUUCUGAAUCCACUAGGGUUUUGUUUCCACCGUCCAAUUCGCAUGAACACUUGAGCAAAAAGACGGCGUGGAAGUGGACGGUGAGGACUUUUUAAAGGCAUGGCGCAUAAUAACGGGUACGUGGUUCUGACGGAUCCUUCGGCGGUUGUGACGGUGAAGAAGAAGACGCCUCAAUCGUCACGGAAUUGGGUUCGUAUAGACGCGACCGGACAGAGUGAGACGCUCGAUGUCGACAAGUAUGCUAUCAUGCACCGUGUCCAGAUCCACGCGCGAGAUCUCCGGAUUCUCGACCCGAAUCUAUCUUACCCAUCCACUAUUCUUGGCCGAGAGAGAGCCAUUGUGCUCAAUUUGGAGCAUAUCAAGGCGAUCAUCACUUCCGAAGAGGUUUUGCUUCGGGAUCCAUCAGAUGAAAAUGUUAUUCCCGUUGUCGAGGAGCUUCAAAGACGCUUACCUGUUGGAAACGAAGCACACCAUGGUCAAGGAGAUGGAAAAGAGAGCUCAGGUGCACAAAUUGACGGUGAAACUGGUGAAGAAGAUGAAUCCCCAUUUGAAUUUAGGGCGCUGGAAGUUGCUUUGGAAGCAAUCUGUAGCUUCUUAGCUGCAAGGACAACAGAAUUAGAAACAGCUGCUUAUCCUGCUUUGGAUGAGCUUACCUCAAAGAUUAGUAGCCGUAACUUGGAUAGAGUUCGGAAAUUGAAGAGUGCCAUGACUCGGUUGACAGCUAGAGUUCAAAAGGUAAGAGAUGAGCUCGAACAAUUGCUGGAUGAUGACGAUGAUAUGGCGGAUCUUUACCUUUCAAGGAAACUUUCUAGUGCUUCUUCACCGGUUAGUAGUCCUGGUGAACCAAAUUGGUAUCCUACUUCCCCAACAAUAGGUUCUAAGAUUUCAAGAGCAAGUAGAGCGAGUCUAGCCACAGUUCGUGGGGAUGAACAUGAUGUUGAAGAACUUGAAAUGUUGCUCGAGGCAUACUUCAUGCAAAUCGACAGCACUUUGAACAGAUUAACAACAGUUAGAUUCUUGCUCUUUUGUUUCCUGUUAUUUGGCCCAGUCCUUUUUUAUCUCUCAUUUUUUUUGAUUUUGAUGCAGCUACGUGAGUAUAUCGAUGACACAGAGGAUUACAUUAACAUCCAGCUAGACAAUCAUCGUAAUCAGCUGAUUCAGUUGGAGCUUGUAUUAAGUUCUGGAACCGUUUGCUUAUCAGUGUACUCUCUUGUUGCUGGCAUUUUCGGGAUGAACAUUCCAUACACAUGGAACGAUAACCAUGGAUACAUGUUCAAAUAUGUCGUGAUCCUGACGGGGACAUUUUGUGCAGUCUUGUUCGUGUUCAUAAUGUCGUACGCUCGGUACAAAGGGCUUGUGGGAUCUUGAUGGGUGAUUUGGUAGAGAGAUUUUAUGAGUAGAGGAAGUUUAAAGAAAUCGACAAACAAAAAGCUGCAGAAGCAAUUGAGAAUUGUAAUUGUAAAGAUGAGCUUUACUCUAUACAUCGAUUCGUUACAAAUAGAGCCAUAUAGAACAAA